UCCGUGAAUCUCCGAGUAUGAGUGUUACCCCUUUAACCUCUGUAAACUACUUAUUGCCAUGAAAAUAAAACCUGUCUUUGUUUAUGAUAUAAUUUACCGAAAAAAAUACUCUCAAUAUAUGGUAUAUAUCAAUGAUGUAAAAAUAAUUUUUUUCGGGUAGUUCAAACUUUGAAGUUGCUUUGCUGUAACUUUGACUUUGGGAACAGAUCUGAAGGCGUCUUUCAGUCCGCGUGGUGUACGAAGGUGGAAUUCUGACACAAUUUAAUUUGAUUUACAAAAAACGUUCUGUAAACCGUAACGAGCGAUUUUAUAAGAAUACUGAUAUUGACAUCUAUCUUUUUUUUUUUCGAUUAUUUAUACUUAACAUAAUAACCUCAUGUGUUGACGAUGAAAAGUAUAUUUAGGACCAUUUCUCGUGUCAGUAGUAGACAAAUAACUGGGACCAGUACUCCUAGUAGCAUGUUUAUUAAAACAAAAUACAUAUUUAUUUUAUCAACAAAGAUACCUAAAUCAAAUGUUUAUAACCAGCUACGCUAUCUUUGUUCUACUGAACAUAAAUGCACGACAGAAACAAUUAAAACUUAUACCCCUGAUCUUUCAAAUAAUGUGACACCAGACAGAUAUCGGUGUAUGAUGAGAAAGCUACCUCAAACUGUUGUCCUGAUAACCACCGCAGUGUUCAAACCAGAAGCUGACCGUUGGUUUAAGAGAGGUUUAACCUGUAGUUCAUUACUCAGUAUUUCUCUUCACCCUCCUAUUGUCUCAUUCUGUUUACAUAAACACAGUCAAAUAUCGAAACUUCUUCGUCAAAGUCAACAGUUUGCUGUCAAUUUUAUAGGAGAACAUGAGGUGAAAUGUGCAGAUAUUUUUUCCACUCCACCACAACAAGAUGAAGAUCAGUUUUCAGGCGUGUCACACUAUCUCACUAAGGAAGGUCUUCCUGUCUUAAAUGGAACACCUGCUUUGUUGUGUAAAGUCAACUGCAUCCACAAUGUUGAGGACCGUUGCGUUUGGUAUGGGCAGGUUACAGAAUUACUUCAGGAAAGCGGAGAUAAUAACCCAGUUCUGCACUACAAUAAGGCUUAUCACAAAGUUGGUGCAUUGAUUAGUGCAACUGCUCCUCCUUCACAUAUCACUCCAGAUCGACUUACUAAUUACCUUCAAUUAAUAUGGUCUCAUGCAAAAGAACAUGGUAUACAAAAUUCAGCUUAUUGUAUAAGAGAAAACUUGCAAAAGAAUAUUCCAAUAAAUGAUUCUAAUUGGCAUGAAACUGUGAUCCGGUUUUAUAUAGACAUGGUACAGAAUGCUUUGAAAACUGAAACUAGCCAUAUUAACACUUUUGAAGAAUUUCUUCUGAAAAAUGAAGAAUUUGUAAAACCACAAGAAUUGCUAUUUAAAUAUUACAGUGAAGAUAUUAUAUUGUCUGAAGAGUCUAGAAGAAGAUAUCUCUCACCAAACAAGAAGUCUCUUCCAAUAUUAUAGUUCUUAAAUUUCAAUAUUGGCUACUGUAUUUAUUUUGUAUGGACAAAAUAGAAAAAAAAAAAGAAAAACUGACAAGAAGCUUUGAAUAAAUGAAGGAAACAACUAUCAUCACAGAAGAAGGCAUUGCCAAUGCCUUUGGUCUUACAGCUUGUUCUAUUUUGUAAAAAAAUAUGGCAGGAAUGAAAUAUUUCAAUUUAAACAGAUUUUCAACAUUACAGAUCUACACAAAUCAUCUCUCAACUCAAAACUGAACUCAGUUGAAUAGAAUCAGCAUACAUAUAAUUUGAGUGUAUUUUCCUUUAGAUUUUCUUUUCGCUUUACCUCUGUAAUCCCUGAGUCAACUUUUCAGUUACAUCAUAAAGGUAAAAACCCAAGUUGUCUUAGUACAAGGUAGACAUUAGUUAAUAAUUAUACUGUCGACUCAUUUCAUUUCUACCAAUGGUUGAAAGGUUCUACAAUUGUUUAUAACUCUAAGGUGGCGAGCUGGCAGAAACGUUAGCAUGCUGGGCGAAAUGCUUAGCGGUAUUUCAUCUGUCUUUACGUUCUGAGUUCAAAUUCCGCCGAGGUCGACUUUACCUUUCAUCCUUUCGGGGUCGAUCUAAUCGACUGGUUCCCCUCCCACAAAAUUUCAGGCCUUGUGCCGAGAAUAGAAAAGAAUUGUUUAUAACUCUAUAUAGAUUAUAUACAGUCACUAAUGGUAUCUAUUUUCUGUAAGAUAUUGUUUAACAAAAUCCAGUAAAAUCAGAAAGCAAGUUAUAUCUAAAUUAUUUAUAUGCCAUUGAUUCAAUUGAUUUAAAAAGCUGGGUGACUAAUUGCUAGCAUAAUUAAAGAUGUGGUAUAUUCCAUGGAGAUUUUUUUACUAAAUUCAUAAAGUAUUACAUCUGACAUAAAUUAUUGCAGUAAUAAAUUUUAAAAUAAAAUAUUUUUGUUUUCAUUCAG